CUUGGACGAGGGUGGAGUCAUUUCAACGGUCCCCGGGGUCGGCGUGGGCACUGCAGCCACUGGCGGCAAGCUGAGCUGCUGAGGAGUACUGAGGGGCCACCAGAGAGGACGUACCCGAGUCACGGCCUGGGGGACAAAACAAAACGCCAGCGCUCCGGAAUCUGAGGCGAAUCCAUCGUACAGGCUGCAAAUGUGAAGAUGCGCAGAGGGUGGAAGGACUGGGAACUGUCCUUUAAUGUGGACGCACACACAUGGGUGUGAAAAGAUUUUGUGACUAGUCAGUGCGGUUACACCCCCACAAGCCAUUAGUGUGGAGCAGUGAACUGUUUGUGGUUCCUUUUACUUGAGAUCAUGCAGAGAGCUUCACGCCUGAAGAAAGAACUGCACAUGUUAGCUAUAGAACCUCCCCCAGGCAUCACGUGCUGGCAGGAAAAGGACCGAGUGGAUGAUUUGCGAGCUCAAAUAUUAGGUGGAGCCAACACACCUUAUGAGAAGGGAGUUUUCACACUGGAAGUUAUCGUUCCUGAGAGGUACCCAUUUGAACCACCACAGAUCAGAUUUCUUACUCCAAUCUAUCAUCCAAACAUUGAUUCUGGUGGAAGGAUUUGUCUAGAUGUUCUCAAAUUGCCACCAAAAGGUGCAUGGAGACCAUCCCUCAACAUCGCUACUCUGUUGACCUCUAUUCAGCUGCUCAUGGCAGAGCCCAACCCUGAUGACCCACUAAUGGCUGACAUUUCCUCAGAAUUUAAAUAUAAUAAGAUAGCUUUUCUCAAGAAUGCCAGGCAGUGGACAGAGACUCAUGCAAGACAGAAACAGAAGGCUGAUGAAGAGAUUGGUGACUCUGAGGAAUGCAACUCCACACAGAAGAGGAAAGCCGGGCCACUAGGAGGCAUAGAAAAGAAAUUCCACCCCGAUGUUCAGAGAGUUUGUCCUGGUCCCUCUUAGUUAAUGGAGUCUGUGACAAGGUGGUCUCUUUUGCUUGCUUUUCUUGGAUGUUUUUCUUUGUGUUUGAUGACAUAAUGUUUGUAUCCUUAUAAAAGACCAUGUAUGUUUAUGAAUUCUGCUAUGCAGUGAUUCUUUAAGGAUACUUUGUUUUAUUUAUCUUGUACAUAUGUAUUUUGAAAACUUUUAAACUUGAGAAAUAAAUACUACUUAAUGUUAA